AUUUCAAACUGCCUUAACUACUUGGUGGAAGAAUUGUUUAAUCCGGCCAUUUUUGACAAUAAUGUGAAACCGCUCGAACUCUUGUGGCCAAAUGCCACAAAUCCUGACGACCAUAUUGUGUUCGUUUUUCUACAAAUAGUGGAAGCGGGUCCAGCGUUUGAUUGGUCUGAAACACCAAACCCCACCUCUCAUUUACCUGACCUAAUGAUGUUUGAACUCUCAGAGAGUGAUUCAAACAGGGCCAAAUUAUGGAGGAGCUGGCAAGAGAGAGCAUUAACUUUUUAACAAAGCCUUCGCUGGACACGAGCGGGCCGAAGUUGGGCUCUUUAGGAGCGGUUUUCAUCAUGCUGAAGUCCGCGCUGGGUGCAGGGCUUCUCAUCUUUCCCUGGGCGUUUGCCAAAGCUGGAGGAAUUCACUCUGCUGUCACUGUGGAAAUGAUUUCUCUUGUGUUCCUGAUCAGUGGACUGGUCAUCCUGGGCUAUUCAUCUUCAAUCAGUGGACAAAACACAUAUCAGGCUGUGGUCAGAGAUGUGUGCGGUCCUGCCAUAGGCAAACUCUGUGAGAUCUGCUACGUCCUUAACCUUUUCAUCAUAUCUGUUGCUUUUCUAGUCAUAGUGGCUGACCAGCUUCAGAAAUUGUGUCUCUCUAUCUAUGAGUUAAUCACAGGCUUGCCAGAAUCAGAAAUGCCGUACCACUGGUACACAGACCAGAGAUUUGCCCUGUUUCUCCUGUGUCUCUUCUUCAUUUUCCCUCUCUCUGUCCCGAAGGAGAUCAGCAUGCAGAAGUAUACUAGUCUUUAUUUAUUUUUGCUCAGUGUUCUAGGAACUUUUGCUGCCACGUAUCUCACUGUUGCCAUUACUGUGAAAUACCACAUGAGGCCCGUCCAUGAGAUCAAUCUGUCACCUCUUUACAGCAGUGGAGUAAGCUCAUGGGCGUCGAUGUUCAGCGUCAUCCCGACUAUUUGCUUUGGCUUUCAGUGCCAUGAGGCCUGCAUUGCUGUCUACAGUAGUAUGGAGAACAGGAAGUUGUCCCACUGGGUCUUCAUCUCUGUGGUGUCCAUGUUGAUCUGCCUCCUCAUCUACUCUCUCACUGGAGUCUUUGGGUACCUGACGUUUGGGAAGAACGUUGCUCCUGAUAUUCUGAUGUCGUACAGUGGGGGUGACGUGACCAUGAUCGUUGCCAGGUUGCUGUUUGGAAUCUCAAUCGUCACCAUCUACCCCAUCAUUGUCUUGCUUGGAAGAUCUGUGAUCCAGGAUCCACUGCUGCGGCAGCGACACAAACACACGGCGGUGACGGAGUCUUACGAGAGCCGUACCCGUGUUGCCUUGACCACGGCCUGGGUCACAGUCGCUCUUCUCAUAGCAGUGUUCGUUCCAGACAUCAGCAAAGUGAUCAGUGUUGUCGGGGGAGUCAGUGCUUUCUUCAUCUUUGUAUUUCCAGGACUUUGCCUAAUAUUUGUGGUGCAGUCAGAGUCAGUUUCUCCUACGAUGAGAUAUCUUUUGGUCGCAUGGGGAAUGAUCACACUUUUCUGUGGUACCUAUAUCUUUGGGCAGAGCACUUCAAUUGCGAUUAUGCAACUCCUAAGUGAAAUUUAAUUUUUUUGUAUGUUACUGUUCAACACAAGGAUUUUUAACUGUAUGGUCUUGCAUAAUUUUAGACACUGCUCCAAUACUUCAAGUGUGGAAUUGUUCCUUAUAAUGGAGAUCGUUGUACAAAUGUUGUAAUAAUAAUCCAACUCGAAAUGAAAUACCUCAGACAAAUUAAAGUCAUGUGAAUCUGAA